AAACUUAUUACUAGACUCCACUUGGAUUUAUGAUAUUUAUGUUUACCUAUUACGUAUUUACGCUAUCUUAUUUAAUUAUUUAAGUUCUUGGUACAGAUAGCUCACAGAGCUUUUACAUAACGUCUCUAUAUACGUAGUAUGGGUACUCGUAUUUCACCCGUUGUAAAUCAUACUCGUCUACCGGUUUGCCUAUUUCAAAAUUUAAUGUUCCUGAUUUACAACUCAUCGUUUAAUAUACUUACAUAGAUUUAGCGCGAACAGUUAUAUGAAAUGAUCUGUAUAGGACUUAAUUUAAAUCUGCAUAUGCACAUAAAUAACGAGAUAAUUGCAUAAAUAAUAUGAGUUCUGGAUCUGUGAAGAUUUCUUGAUGUCUUGUUUACAGUUGUCUAUUAUUUAUGCCACGCGACGUUGUGACUCAUACGCUCCGACUCUACUAGGCUACUUAUUAAUAAACAUACAAAAAAUAAACUGCCGACUUCCUUUCGCGUGCCUACAGACAUAAAAGUUCUUCGUGCGUAUCCUAACAAAAACAUAAAUUAGGUAAAUUUAUAUCAGGGGUCAUCCCUCGGUUACAAUAUGUUCGUAACGACACCGAGGGUCAAUGCGCAGUCAAAUCUCCCCCGCAACAAUUCAGGCGGCUCCGGAUCGGCAAAAUUAUCAAAACUUUUUAACUUACAACUUUUCCUUAAACGAGUGGAGCGGGCUUUUUCAUUCGUUUGGAGCUUUCGCGGGUCUCAGUGUCCGCGAUCGUGCCAUCCUUGUUGCUCGCAGAGCGGCGGCAGAGGCAGCGGCAAGCCUCGGCUCGGCUGUUGUCUCGCGCGUGCCGGUUCCAGCCGGGCCGGUUCGGCCACGCGAAACAUUUUCAGUUCUCAUCGCUGCGAUGCCGGUGGCGCACGUCACGCUUGUCGCCCGCCGACGACGCUGCGUUACGACGAUCGUGGCGUACUUCUUUAACAACUAAUAAAUCAAGCGAACCGAACGAAGUAAACCCUCACGAACAGAUUAUAACUCGAUAUGAGAUAACAGGCUCGCGGCACGACUGCGGUGAUUAAUCACACAAGUCCGUUCAACUCGAAUGAUCUGAACGGAAGAAUAAUCUCUCCGAUUUCGGUUUAGUUGCGCGUAAUGUAAACAGAUAAACAUUGAAGUUUUCCGGUAUCAUUUGUUGACUUGAGGAUAGCAGUAGUUGUAGGAGCACUGUAUGGACUGAUGCGAGGAACUAUGCUCGUGUGGGAGAACGUGUAGUUAGUGUGUGCGAUUUAGAUGUGCGCUGGAUAGAGCCGCGACGUGUACGAUGGGUGCUAGUGGACAAUGGACAGCUGGGGUGCUGUGGGUGGUGCUGGCGUCGGUGCUGGCCGACUCCUGGACCGCGUACCAGGAGCAGCCGUGCUGCCGGCCCGUGUCGCAUCACCGCGUGAGGCACCACAGAGAUCAUAUACGAGAGUUCUCCUGCGGGAGUCUCUUCUACCGUACUUUGUAUCUAAACGAGGACAGAAAUACACUUUACGUUGGUGCUAUGGAUCGUGUAUUCAGACUAAAUAUGACUGAUAUUAGUCAGUCGCAUUGUGAGCGGGACGCGUUGUUGCUGGAGGCGAGCAACGUGGCCAGGUGUGUGAGCAAGGGCAAGUCUGAGCCCUUUGAGUGCAGGAAUCAUAUUCGGGUGCUACAGCCACUUGGAGAUGGAGAGAGGUUAUAUGUGUGCGGGACUAAUGCACACAGUCCGAAAGACUGGGUUGUAUAUCUGAAUCUCACUCACUUGCCCCGACAUGAGUACGUGCCGGGCGUAGGGCUAGGGGUGGCGAAGUGUCCUUACGACCCGGCAGACAACAGCACAGCGGUGUGGGUGACGGAUGGCAACCCUGGCGGACUCCCCACUCUCUACGCGGGAACUAACGCAGAGUUCACGAAAGCAGACCCUGUUAUAUUCCGAAACGAUUUGUACGACUUCCGAACAGGACAGAAGAAAUAUAACUUUAAAAGAACAUUGAAGUACGAUUCCAAGUGGCUUGACAAAACUAAUUUCGUGGGCUCUUUCGACGUCGGAGAGUACGUGCUAUUCUUCUUUCGAGAAACUGCUGUGGAGUUUAUGAACUGCGGGAAAGCUGUCUACUCGAGAGUGGCGAGAGUCUGUAAACACGAUACCGGUGGAAAACAUAUAUUAAGCCAGAACUGGGCCACAUAUUUGAAAGCGAGGCUCAAUUGUAGUAUACCGGGAGAGUUCCCCUUCUAUUUUGAUGAAAUUCAGAGCGUGUACCAAAUGCCGGGCGAUACGACGCGGUUUUAUGCGGCAUUCACGACGGGAGCGAGCGAUGGCCUGGUUGGUUCAGCCAUUUGCACUUACACCAUGGACGAUAUACAGGAGGCAUUCGCUGGAAGAUUCAAGGAACAGGCAUCAUCCAGUUCAGCAUGGUUACCUGUGCUAAGAGCUCGCGUGCCAGUUCCCAGGCCAGGCACUUGUGUCAACAAUACGGAGGCUCUGCCCGACAACGUCCUUAAUUUUAUCAGGUCUCAUCCGUUAAUGGACUCUGCGGUGCGUCACGAAGGAGAUGCCCCAGCCUUCUACAAACGCGCAGGUGAAGUGUACAAGAUAGUUCAAUGGGCUGGGGGUGGGGGCGGUGGAUCCCGAGUGGCUGAUGUAUGGCGGGCAGCUGGGGAUGAACCAGUGCGAGCUUUGGCAAUCUCCAGGCGACUGCACGCGCUAUACUUGGCUACUGAUAACCGCCUUCGACAACUGCCAUUAAGAGCCUGUGCGCACCGUUGGGAUCGAGUUCUGCAGACGUCUGAACGUGGUCUGGUUUUACUGUCGGUAACAGAAUCAGAUCGAGGCCGGUACGAAUGUUAUUUCGGACCCACCUUGAUCGCUUCUUAUAACUUGGACAUCGAUAUACACAGAUGUACUCAACCGAGUAAGUCGCAGGAAUACAAGCAAGUGUACUCAGACUGGUGCCAUGAGUUCGAGAAGUACAAGAGCGCCAUGAAGGCUUGGGAGUCACGGCAAAUGCAAUGCUCCAAAAGCCUGAAUGCAUCGAGCCAGCAAAACAGUAUGUCCAACGAGAUCGUGGCUUCGCUGCGGUGAUAGGGCACAGCUCGCUAGUGAUUAAUGAACGAUUACACACACCGAGCCACGCUAACGUAAACUAGCCGAUAUUUUGCAGACGCAUUCUCCUCCCCUUACUAUCGUACCGUUCCAACAGAGCAAAUGUGAAACUAUCUUGAUAUAUGAGUACAGGAUUUUGUUCCUCUUCCCAUUACUUUACAGAUUUUU